UUUAACCCCAAGACAUUUCACGGGGACCUGGCGCUGCUGGAGCUGGCUGUGCCAUUGGCCCCAUCGCCCACCGUCAGCCCUGUGUGCCUUCCCAGCAGCCCCGCAGAGCCCAGCCCCGGCACUGCCUGCUACAUUGCGGGCUGGGGCUCCCUCUAUGAAGAGGGGCCAGCAGCCAACGUGGUGAUGGAGGCACAGGUGCCCCUGCUCAGCCAGGAGACAUGCCGGGGUGCUCUGGGCAGGGACCUGAUCACCAACACCAUGUUCUGUGCUGGGUACUUGUCCGGGGGCAUCGAUUCCUGCCAGGGUGACUCAGGGGGCCCACUGGCAUGCCAGGACCCCUCCUCGCACCGCUUUGUCCUCUAUGGUAUCACAUCGUGGGGCGACGGCUGCGGUGAGCGGGGCAAACCGGGUGUCUACACCCGCGUCACUGCCUUCAUGGACUGGCUCAGACUCCAGAUGGACCCCGUGCCUGGCAGCCGGGAACCAAGCUGCGCCUUCUACACCGGGUCCUGCCGGGCCCUGCAAGGCCACGCUGCCUGCACCCGCCUGGCUGAGCAGACCUGCCAUGCCAGGACUAGACGAUGUGAGCUGCGCUCGUAUGCCCAGACCUUGGUAGAUCUCCUGCGCAGAGCUGGGGACUUCAUCCGAAACCAGCUGGAUUUCUCCUUCUUCACCCAUGCUCUGCCUCAGCUCCUGGGCAAGAUCUAUGGGCAUCUCUUCCCCCACCGUGUCCGCAGGGAUGCCCCAGGCCCAGCUGUGGCAGAGGGUCAGCCAAGCCCCAUGGCAGAGGGACCCCAGAGACGCCCCACCAGGCAGGGAGUUGGGCAGCUGCCCCCCUUUGCAGGGCUCUUUGGUGCUGUGGGACGCAGGUUGCAGGACUGGGUGGAGGCGCUGAGGGCCAUGGACGGUGGCAGCCCCCUGGCACCCAUCCCGGAUGCAGGGCAGCUCCCCAGGGAGACAUGGCUCUUCCUGCAGGUGCCCGUGAGUGCCCCAGCACCAACCCUAUCCCACACUUCUCUUCAGCAAGGCAAGGAGGAGGUGGAGGAGCUGGUGGGACAGGGACGAGCCUUCCUUGCCCAGCUGCGGGCAGAACUGGACCUUGGCACCUCCCUUGAAGGCAUGGAGCUGCAACAAGCACCCGGAGAGCUGGCAGGGACCCCCACACCAAACCUGGCAGAGUCUGCACUGAGGGAGAAACGUGAGGUGGUGCCUAUGGAACUGCCAGGGGUGGAGGAGGAGGAGGAGGCAGGUGCAGGCAGAGCCUGCCCUGGCCUCAACAAGUCAGCGGUGCAGGUGGAUGCUGUGCGGGAGCUAUAUGCCUGGGUACUGCGGGUGCCCGAGCCAGACCUGGCCAUGACUUUCCAGGAGAUCCUGGUGGACUUGGGCUCCAAAAACGCCAAGGGACUGUACCAGGCGCAGGUGCGGGCCAUGGUGGGGGGCCGCCCCACAGUAUUCACUGGCCUUGUGGGGCUGGAAAGUGACUCACUAGCCCGCAGCAUGCCUGGUCUCAUUGCUCUGGCACUUGAGGUGCUGAAAACCUAA